GCCGCGUAUCCCGGGACUGUGGCUCAUCUCGAAUCAGACCAAAUGGAAUUCUGCACUGCCUUCUUAAAAUAUUCCGUACAUUUUAAUUCGCACAAACGCAUAUUCCUCUGACGUUUUGCCCAGCAUACAACACACCGCUGGCGUGACCAGAAAAACCUGCUCGGUUACAUAGAGAAUCGAGACAGCAGCAAAGACAUCCGAGAGAAAAGAUACAAAAUAGACUCUUGUACCGCUGUCAGGAGAGACCCCGAGGAAAGGCCCAGCCACCAUGCCGCUGUUCGGUAAAUCCCACAAGAAUCCCGCCGACAUCGUCCGGACUCUGAAGGAGAACAUGGCAAUCCUGGUGAAACAAGACAAGAAAACAGAUAAGGCGUCAGAGGAGGUGUCUAAGUGUCUUGUGGCCAUGAAGGAGAUCCUAUAUGGGACCGGUGACAAGGAGCCUCACACAGAGACAGUGGCCCAGUUGGCCCAGGAGCUCUACAACAGCGGCCUGCUCAUCUCCCUGGUGGAAAACCUUCAGGUCAUCGACUUCGAGGGGAAGAAGGACGUGUGUCAGAUCUUCAACAACAUCCUGCGGAGGCAGAUUGGCACCCGCAGCCCCACCGUCGAGUACUUCAGCUCUCACCAAGAGGUGCUGUUUGUGUUGCAAAAAGGGUAUGAGACCCCUGGGUCGGCGCUGAACUGUGGCAUCAUGCUGAGGGAGUGUAUCAGACACGAGCCCCUGGCCAAGGUGGUCCUCCACUCAGAACACUUCCAGGACUUCUUCAACUACGUAGAGAUGGAGACCUUCGACAUCGCCUCAGACGCUUUCGCCACCUUCAAGGACCUGCUCACAAGACACAAGGUCCUGGUAGCUGAAUAUCUAGAACAGAAUUAUGAUGCAAUCUUUGACCAGUAUGAGAAGUUAUUGCACUCUGAGAACUAUGUGACAAAGAGACAGUCAUUAAAGUUGUUGGGAGAGCUACUGUUAGACAGGCAUAACUUCACAGUGAUGACCCGGUAUAUCAGCAAGCCUGAGAACCUGAAGCUGAUGAUGAACCUACUGAGAGACAAGAGCCCCAACAUCCAGUUUGAGGCCUUCCACGUCUUCAAGGUGUUUGUGGCGAACCCCAACAAGACGCAGCCCAUCAUAGAUAUCCUGCUGAAGAACCAGACCAAACUCAUCGACUUCCUUAGCAACUUCCAGAAGGACCGAUCGGACGACGAGCAGUUCAACGACGAGAAGACCUACCUAGUCAAACAGAUCCGAGACCUGAAGAAACCCGCCUCUUAAAACCUUACCCCCCGUCCGUCCGUCCCCCAAACCCUUCCCCUUAGCUAUGACCUUUACCCUAACCUUUACUUUUUAUUGACCAAAAAAAAAAGAAAAGACAAAUACAUUAACAAUGAUUCUAUUUCAAAUAUCAAAGACAUUGUCUUUUUAUUGGUUACUUAAACUUUGCAGAGAAUAGUUCUCCAUCACUGAUGUUUUUCUUUCUUUGUAUUUACUUUUUCAUGAACUAUUUUAUCAUUAGUGUGUAGUGUGCCACAACGGGACGUUUUGAGGAAGGUGAUUUCCUCUCUUGGGGGGAACCAAAUGAUUAAAGAGACCUCUAGGUGAAUGGCUGAGUGAGCGGUGGAGACCACUGGGCCUCACUUUAAUUGUGCAAAGAUUUUUUGCAAAUGUUUUCUUUUUCAUUGCCACUUGCAGGCAUGAGCCAGCUAGAUAGUUCAGACUUCUUUCUUAUACACUCCUAAUCUAACCGCAGUACAACUGAAGUAUCCACAAUCCAGAAUCAUAGAAGGAAUUGCUAUUUUUCUAUUAGAGGAUCUAAAUGGUAUUCUGAAUUGUUCCGAUUCUAGAAAAGGUAGUAAGUAGUAUUCUAGAAUACUGUAACAGUAUAAAAACACUAAUGCUUCAGUCCCUGUACGUGUAGAACUCAUCUUCAGACUCCCAUUCCCUGCUAGUCUUACUCCUAUGGUUUACAUGUUUCAAAGCUGUAGUAGGUCCUCUGACAUUUGACAACUCUAAAUUGGAUCCUACAAGGAAAAUAUUAAUGUCUCGUGAUCAGCAGGGCCAUUUUUUUUUUACUGCUAAGUUCUAUUCUAUACGUAGGUUGUCAAUAGUUUUGAUAAGUGAUUCUCUUCAGAUGGCUGGUAGCACUUUCUGUAUCAUUCAACGCGAAAGGAUCUAUUCCUUUUUGGUUUAUUUUAAGCUGAUUAAAUAGUUUCUUGUUCAACAGGGCUCUAGCAUUAUAAUUUUUUUUUUCCUUGUCUUGUGUAUAAAAGCUGGUUUUAACCCAUAAGUGAGUGCCAGUGUGGGUAACAGAAAUCCCACUUCGGCACUUUUGGCUGACCUCAAUUAAAAAGAGGGAGAUGUCUUUUUCUGUACGAAAGUGAUUUCUUUAACUUGUUUUCUUAUUUAGAUGCGAGUGCAGUGGAGGGGGAUGGUUGGAACACAGUAACAGUGGGAAACAGACAGUACAUAGAGGUGCCUUUGUUUCUGUGUCCCCUUUGUAUUUUAAAUACUUUUCUAGGUGGAGCUUAAUUCUUAUUUAGAAAAAUAUGGUCUGUUUGAACAUAGUCGUGAUUAAGGAAUGAACCUUGAACUCACUAUAUUUGAGUUGUGCUGUUGAAGGAAUAUUUUACUUUGAAAAAACGUGUUGCAGUUCAUUAAUCGCAUCAUGAAACUAGGAACCAGGAGGCCAAAAAACUUGGACUAUGAUUGUCCAGGAAAGGUAACCGUUAACAUACCAGUAAACUGGAUUAGGUGGGAGCAAGAUGGGGAAAUCCAAAUUAAAUAAUCUCACAGACAAAUUGAGCCAAUGCAUUUUUUUAAUCGUGGUGGUUGAUCUUGUAAGUUACGAUCACAUCUAAAUUGAAAAUAUGAACUCAUUAAUAUGGCUCUUUAAUGUAAUAUUGACUAAUAAAUCAGAUGGGCAUCAUGCCACGAACAAGUGAUUGUUCUCUUAAUUGCCAAAUAAUUUUUUUACAAUUGGUAGAUUGGACACGACACACAAGGGAUAGUAUCCUCAAAGCCAUUCUAGCCCUCGGUAGGUGGAUGGCGGGCGUUAAACACGGGUUGAGACACAUGGUGUCGCCAGUUCAAAUCCCAAUGCGGCUUUUGUUUUCCAACCUACUUAAAUAUGUUUUAGUACAUAUCUACUGACAUUCUAAAUGACUAAAAUAAUGAACAGCUUUAUAUAUAUAUAUAUAUACAAAAACAAUAGUGGUGCCCUCCCUCCUGCUGGCGCAGUGAACUAGGCACUGGGCUAGGGACCACAAGGUCACAGGUUCUAGUCUUGCCAUGCCCAAUUACCUUUCUCAAAAAAGGUAUAUUUAGAGCCCUAGUCCCUCCCUGUAUGCAAAUUGAGAUUCCCAAUGUUAAGUCAAAUAUUGAUGCCUUGAGUCAAUGAUUUUAGAGGGACUAUUUAAAUGGUUUGACAAUCCAGAUCAGUUUACACUUGUAAGAUAUCAAGAGGUAGUCAGGAUGAAUCAUCAUCAAUUAUUUUAAUCGUCUACACCGGUCUAGAAAUGUGGUCACAAUCAGAAUGUGGACAAGAUCAAGACACAGGGCGCAUGUUAGCACCCGGUAUAAACGGGGUUUCGGAUGGCAUAAGCUGUGACUGACAUUGUUGGAUUAAAAUGAUAAACAAGAGACUUAAAACAUUGACCCAUUUCAACCAUGGGAUUUCAUUUGAAAAGAAAUCCCAUUGAUACUACUGUACCACAUUCUACUGUACCACAUCACCAAUAAAGGAUAGAAAUGCAUA